AUGUCUUUGGAAACGGUCCCCAACAGUCUACGGGACAGACAGAUCGCCAAUCUGAAGCGCAUGCUUCACUUGAAUGUCGGUUCUGACAUUGAUCUUGUUUCGUCCACUAACGAGGAGGAGCUUAUUUGGAAAGUUCUGGUGCUUGACCAACGUUCAACAGGUAUUGUUUCGUCGGUGUUGCGCGUCAACGAUUUGCUCGAGUACGGCAUCACCAUGCACUCGCUGAUCACCCAGAAGCGUACCUCUUUGCCAGAGGUGCCGGCCAUCUAUUUCGUGGAGCCUACCGCCGAGAAUAUCGCCAAGAUCAUUGUUGACCUUGAGAACGACUACUACUCGGACUACUACAUCAACUUCACCUCGAGCUUGAACCGGUCGUUGUUGGAGGAGUUUGCCAAGAAGGUGGCUUUGAGUGGCAAGGCAGGUAAGGUCAAGCAGGUGUUUGACCAAUAUUUAGACUUCAUUGUGACAGAACCAAACCUGUUCUCUUUGGACCUGCCUAAUGUUUAUUCGCAAUUCAACAACCCAAAAACAACAGAGACACAAAUCACCACAAUUGCAGACAAAAUUGCAAACGGUUUGUUUGCUUCGGUGCUGACAAUGGGGUCUGUGCCGAUCAUCAGGUCCAACAGGGGCGGCCCAGCCGAGCUUAUAUCCCAGAGACUCGACCAGAAGCUCAGAGACCACGUGAUAAAUACUAGACAGAGUGUUUCUUCUGCAUCCCAGCAUUCCAACUCCGAUAGAUUGGUCCUGAUUCUUUUGGACAGAAACAUCGACUUGGCGUCCAUGUUUGCUCAUUCUUGGAUUUAUCAGUGUAUGGUGAGCGAUGUUUUCAAGCUGGAUCGUAACACCAUUGAAAUUAGAAAAACCUUGCCUGGUGACAAAACAGAGGUCAAGAGACUGGAUAUUGACCCAAAGGAUUUCUUCUGGAAUAAGAAUGCUUCGUUGCCAUUCCCAGAUGCAGUCGAGAAUGUUGAGAAAGAGCUCUCCAAGUAUACAGAAGAGGCCAAGGAGAUCACCACGAAAACGGGUUACUCCUCGAUCAAGGAGAUCGAUCCUACCGAUCAGGGAGACACUCUGCACAUCCAAGAGGCCAUCAAGGCUCUUCCGGAGCUUACUCAGCGGAAAAACAUCAUCGAUAUGCACAUGACUGUUUUGUCCGAGCUGAUCAAAGAGCUGGACUCCAAGAAUCUGGACGCGUUCUUUGAAGUGGAGCAAAACGUUGGAAACCCAGCCACCCAGAAACGGUUUUUGGAGCUCUUGAACACCAAAACCAAGACCGACAACCACGAAGACAAGCUGCGAACAUACAUCAUGUUAACAUUGACUUCUGAUCUUCCAAAGUCGUUUGCAGACGAGUGUGAGAAAAUCCUUGCAGACCUCAACUGCGACCUGACCUCUCUUAAACAUAUCAAGCAGAUCAAGGAGAUCACUAAGCUCUCGUCGAUGAACUUGAGCGAUGCAUAUUUCAAUAACGACACAUCCGCCAGCAACAACAACAAAGGUGCUCUUUUCAGUAACCUGUCGUCCAAGCUGAUGGGUCUGACCGAAGGCUCGUCCAAGUUGACCGAAGGUUUUGGCUCGUUGAUCUCUGGUUUGAAAAAUCUCUUGCCGGAGAAGAAGAGUCUUCCAAUCACUAACAUUGUCGAGUCGAUCAUGAACCCAACAAGUGCCAACCAGGAGUCGCUCAAAAUGACCGACGACUACCUGUACUUCGAUCCAAACAUGACGCGAGGAUCUCACUCCAAGCCUCCAAAGAGAUCGAGCUACAACGAGGCCAUGGUGUUUGUGGUGGGUGGUUGCAACUACUUGGAGUACUCCAACCUGCAAGACUGGUGUAUUCGCAUCAACGAAACAGCUGGCGUGUCAGGAACGUCGCAAAAGAUGGUUUGUUACGGGUCUACAGAAAUCGUCACUGCCGAAAAGUUCUUAAAAGAAUGUUCUCAACUUGGAAAUUAG